AAUAUAUAGACAUUUAGCAAUAUGCAAGCAACUGUGUUCAUUUUAACUGUGAUAAUUGUUAUUUUCGCCAGCCAGACAGUUGAAAUAACUGCGCUGCUGCGCCGCUGCUAUCAAUGCCGUUCACGCGGCGAACUAGGGAGCUGCAAGGAUCCGUUCAUCUUUAACUCCUCCGACGUAGACAGAGAACCAGGACUCACAGCUGUGCCCUGUGCCAGCGGCUGGUGUGGUAAAGUGAUAGAAGGCGGCGGCACCUAUGCGCUGGAUGACUAUGAUCUGGCCGUGCAGCGCAUGUGCGUACAACGUGGACCUGAUGACAAUAUGGAUCGCUGCGCCGACACCAUGUACAACUACAAAAAGGUCUACAUGUGCUUCUGCCAGGGUGAUUUGUGCAAUAGCGCCAUGACCUCGAGUUGGACAUGGCCAGUUUAUCUACUGCCUCUUGUUCUCUUGCUUAACAAACUAUAUUUGUAACUGAAACUCAAAUACUCAAAUUUAUAAACAUGUUAUUACAAGUACCUUGUAUAAAGCUCCAUUGUUCCAAGACUAUGGCUAU